CAUUGUCUGAUAAAUAGCAAUCUGAUUAAAGUACAUCUCCAAAUACGCUACGCUUACGUUCGUUUAGAAUAUCAAGUACUUAAUUAAGGACAGUGCCUGCAGCGGACAAAAUACGGAAAAUCCUUCAAGGCAAUCUGAGGAAAGUAUAAUACGACCGUUUGCAAAAGACAAGAAAAUAUGACAGAACCAGCGGGACCUCGAAAGCUUACAGACAGUCGAUCUUUGGUCAUCAACAAACCUGCGCAAACAUCUACGAAACAACUUGUAUCUCCGAUUUUCGAAACACCAAUGAGACUGGUUGUCAACACUGACGGCAAGACAACUUUAAAUCACGAAACUCUAGCUGAACUCAGCAAAAUUGAGAAAACUCUAAACGUCGUAUCAAUGGUUGGAAGUCUGAGAACUGGGAAGUCGUUCUUGCUUAACAAACUGGCAAACACAGAAGCAGAUAAUGGAUUUGAGACAGGUCAUACUCCAAAAGCAGUCACCAAAGGUAUUUGGGUAAUGUGCAGGCCACAUCCAACACAAGAGGAACAAGUUCUUGUUCUCCUUGAUACAGAGGGCAUUGAUGAUCCCGAUAAG